AUGUUUCAGCUUUGGAAACUUGUUCUCUUGUGCUGCCUGAUCACUGGGACCUCAGUGUCUCUUCUUGGUAAUCUUGGCAAUGAUGUAGAUAACGUUGUGAACAACCUUGAGAAAGGAGCUGAGACUGUUGACAAUACACUUGAAGGCGUCCUUCAGAAAGUGAAGGGUGACUUGUAGGCGCUUCAGGAAUCCAAGGCUUGGCAACUAGCCAAGCAGAAGUUCCAGGAAGCUGAGAAUUUGGUGGACAAUGCUGCUUCUAAGAUCUUGCCAAUUGUGAACGGUUCUUUGGUUGAAAAUCAGUCACACCAAAUCCAGGAUCUCAAAGCUGAACUGACUCCUGAUGGCAAAAGUGUUAACCUGACGAUCCCCGUGACCGCCGGUGUCAGCCUGGCCCUGCCUCUCGUUGGCCAGGUUGCCGACCUGAAGGCUUCCUUGGACCUCCUGACUAGUGUCAGAAUCGAAACCGAUGCCCAGACCCGCCACUCCACAGUGGUCCUGGGAGAAUGCACCAACGACCCAGCCAGCAUCUCACUCACCCAGCUGAACGGCCACUGUGAACAGAUCACCAAGACUGUGAACACCCUGAACAGCUUCCUGAGCAAGACCAAGUCCUUCCUGGUGCAGAAGGAGGUGUGCCCAUUGAUCCACAUCUUCCUCCACAACCUGGAUGUAAAUUCCUUCCAGAACCUCAGCAGUAAGUCGCGGCCUGGGGAAGGGGGGCCGUUCCCUCUGCUGCCUUCCGAGGGCAGGCUGGCAGCUCUGCUCCUGCCCCACACCUCCUGGUCAGGGACCCUGGGGACACAGAAGGACCCGUCGGUCGUCCUGAGCAAGCUGGGAGAGUGUGCUGGCUACAUCCUCCUCAGCCUCAGGACUCUGCUCAGGAGUCACCUCGCGGCUAAGCUGGGGCCACUCCUCAAUGUUUCCCGAAAAACGAUGCUGCGCUUCCCGACUUCCGUGGGGUCGCUUACCAUUUAUAAAGUCUGCCCCACUGCAGAGCCCAUCGGGAAUCAACUGACGGAGAUCUCCACAGCACACCGGAGAAAUCCAGGUACCUGA